ACCACCAGCCCACCCGAUAUAUAUAGGUUCCCCGACCCGGUCGCCCGACGACCCAGUCAUCUUCCGACCGAGAGAGCAAGAAGGCGAGCGCACCUCCAUCACGAUCAUGGUGGCGAAUUUCAAGGUCUACAAGAAGUGCUCGCCCAACGGUAAACUCGCGGUUUACCUGGGCAAACGCGACUUCAUCGACUACCUGUCGGGCAUCGAGCCGGUGGACGGGGUGGUUCUGAUCAGUCAGGACUACGUGGACAACAGCAGGAAGGUGUGGUGCCAGCUGGUAUGCAGCUUCCGAUACGGUCGCGAGGAGGACGAGGUGAUGGGUCUGAACUUCCAGAAGGAUCUCUACCUGGUGUCGGAACAGAUCUUCCCGCAGAUUAAAAAGCCCGAGUCGAAUCCCACGAAGCUGCAGGACAGGUUGCUGAAGAAACUGGGCCCGAGCGCGAUACCCUUCACCUUCACCUUCCCGCAGUGCUCGCCGUCCAGCGUGACCCUUCAGCCCGGGCCGAACGAGAUCGGCGAGCCUUGCGGCGUCAGUUACUACGUGAAGGUCUACUGCGGCGAGACGGAGACCGAUCUGACUCACAAGCGCAGCACCGUCACGAUGGGCAUCCGGAAGAUCCAGUACGCGCCCACGAAGCAGGGCCGGCAGCCCUGCACCGUCGUCCGCAAGGACUUCCUCCUGAGCCCGGGCGAGCUCGAGCUCGAGGUCACGUUGGACAAGCAGCUUUACCAUCACGACGAGGCGAUCGCGGUAAACGUGUGCGUGCGCAACAACAGCAACAAGGUGGUGAAGAAGAUCAAGGCGAUGGUGCAGCAGGGUAUCGACGUGGUGAUCUUCCAGAACGGCCAGUUCAGGACGGUGAUCGCCGCGGUCGAGACACAGGACGGCUGCCCCGUCAACCCGGGCUCGAACCUGCAGAAGGUGCUCUACCUCAAGCCCGAAAUGGAGAGUAACAGGCACCGCCGCGGCAUCGCCCUGGACGGCAUGAUGAAGAGGGAGGAGGGCGAGCUCGCGUCCAGCACUCUGCUCACCUCGCCGGACGUGCGCGACUCCUUCGGCAUCGUCGUCUCCUACGCGGUCAAGGUCAAGCUUUACCUGGGCGCCUUGGGCGGCGAGCUAACGGCCGAGCUGCCGUUCAUCCUUAUGAGAACCAAACCGUCCGAGCGGGUCAAGCUGAUGCCCACGGACAGCGUGAUGAUCGAGGACAUCCCGGAGAAGGAGGGGAAAGUCAGCUCUUAGAGCGGUUAACUGAUCCUCGAGGGACUUCCCUCGCGACUUCGACUCGUCCGCGAUUCGUUGCUUCGCGCAUUGGACACACUAUGGAUAGCGACGGGGACGUUCUGGAACCCGCCUGGAAGCUGUCUAACGGGUCUCCGAAUGCGUCGGUGGUUCUCUUAACAUUGUUGACCGAUCGUUUCGUUCCGGCCUUGCGUCGGCCCUCGGGAAUCUUGUCUUAUCAUUCUCAAAACAGGAGAUAACUCCUGGGGCCAGUAGCGUUCCAAACUAACGAAACACGGGUCUCCACGUGAUCGGUCAACAAUGUAUUAGAAGCCUUUCAAGACUCGCCUGGCGUUAUAACUUUCUACGUCGUUCAUAUGGGCGCUCCCGCAGUGAAUCGCUUCGCACCGAGAAAUAUUGGACUGGUUAGUUAAUUAGUCCAAUAUUUCCGGACUAACUAACAUUAGCUCGUUUAUGCACCGAGGGAGAAAUAUUUGGUAUUUGCAAUUACGAUCGUAGCGAAAGAAUCCGGAGAACCAUUUUUUCAGUAACUUUUUGCAGUGUCAGCGAUAGUAACCUUACACGCAUAUCGUUAUUGCUAUUUUUGUGGUUAAAAAGAAAGGUUGAAAGAUAUAGAAAGUUAAAAACAUAGAAAGAAAGAAAAAAAUAUAGCUGAAGCCGAAAGUAACUCUCUCGUAAUCUCUCUCAGCGUGCGUAAUUAUAUAAUCCGUUACAUUCACUCUUCAGGAAGCGAUUUAUCACGACGGGUCGUAUCGAUCCUUUCGAUAUGUAUUAUAUUGUUAGUUACAAAACUCGCAUCAGUCGCAACACUUACUUCCUCAACAUGUUUCGCAACGCACCUCGUAUCGCACGAUAAUAAAAAAAAUAUAUAUAUCCCCUGAGAACCACUAAGAAACAAAUUUUCCUAUUGAAAACAGGAUGCGUUGCGAAAUUUAUGAAAAAAAAAUAUAAAAUAAAAAUAAAAUAAAAUGUUGCAACCUUUCUGGAGCUGACCAUGCACGAAAUCGUAGAAAUGAAAUUCGCCAAAUUGCGCCGUAUUACCGAAACCACUGAUUAAUUAAGAACUCCCAAUUAAUUAAGCAUCCCCCGUAUAUUGUAAACGUAUCGGCUCGCAGCUCGCCACUUUUAUUCGGCUGCUAAACGCGCGGCACGGCGUUGUCACGAGAUACACACCUCGCAAGAUCAAUAAAACAUAGCAAACGUA